CGCCACCUCGUAGUACCCGAGAAGUUUCGAAAUUUACGUACAAAGUUUCUGAGCGCGGCUUCAGUGUGUUGUACACCCGCAGUAGACCAGGAGGUAUUAUACAGAUAGUGGUUUUACAAGCCAAUCCGACACUCGAUCACGGCCAUGGCCGAGUCGGAUAACAGCGAUGCCGAUACCACCGACGGCAACUGCAAGGCUGUCAGGGCCGCAGGCCGCCGCAAAAAGUCCUCGGCUGUUGUGUUGUUGACCUACACGGCUAUAACGCUGUUAUCCGUCGCUUUUUUACCGCAACCACCAAUGGCAGCCGGCAUCCAGUUGUACACCAACACUUUUUCCGUGAAGCUGCAUGGUCCGAAUUCCGAUGGCGGCAACUCUGGUGGUCACGUAGACGAGGAGGUGGCCCAUCAAGUGGCCAAGAGGGCAGGAAACGGUUUUGAAAACGUCGGCAAGAUCCGUGGUACUAAGGACGAGUUCCAAUUUAUUCAUCAUGGAUUACCCAAAAUACGUGGCCGUCGUUCUUUACCUUCCGUUCUAAUUUUGAAAAAAGAUCCAUCCGUUAAGUCAGUUCAUCAGCAACCAGGAUUUAAAAGAGUGAAACGUGGUUAUAAGCCUUACAAUCCAUCUUUUUAUAAUAAUAGAGAUGAAUUUAUGACCGAUAAACUUAACGGAUAUCUCAGUAAAUCCGUAGAAAUUGAUGAUGACUUGGGUCGUUAUGGUAAAUUACCAAUGGAUCCAUUAUUUAAAGAACAAUGGUAUUUGAGGAAUACAGGACAAAACGGUGGUAAGCCAAAAUUGGAUUUGAAUGUACGAGCAGCCUGGGCACAGGGAGUUUCCGGCAAAAACGUCACUACUGCUAUCAUGGAUGAUGGCGUGGAUUAUACACACGAAGAUUUAAAAUAUAAUUACAAUGCACGGGCGAGCUACGAUUUUAGCUCUAAUGAUCCAUAUCCAUAUCCAAGGUAUACUGAUGAUUGGUUCAACAGUCAUGGCACUAGAUGUGCCGGGGAAGUAGCUGCCGCACGCGAUAAUGACGUGUGCGGUACUGGCGUGGCAUACGACUCGAAAAUCGCCGGAAUUCGAAUGCUCGACCAACCUUACAUGACCGAUCUUAUCGAAGCUAAUAGUAUGGGCCACGAACCGGAUCUGAUUGAUAUUUAUAGUGCUUCUUGGGGUCCCACGGAUGAUGGAAGAACUGUUGACGGUCCUAGGAACGCCACUAUGAGAGCUAUAGUACGGGGUGUUAAUGAAGGUCGUCGUGGAAAAGGAAAUAUUUAUGUGUGGGCUAGUGGUGAUGGUGGAGAAGCUGAUGACUGCAACUGUGAUGGAUAUGCUGCUAGUAUGUGGACGAUUUCGAUAAAUUCGGCUAUAAAUGACGGACAGAAUGCUCAUUAUGACGAGAGUUGUUCAAGUACGCUGGCAUCGACUUUUAGUAACGGAGCGAAGGAUCCUAACACCGGAGUUGCAACUACAGAUUUAUAUGGAAAAUGUACUAAAUCACAUAGUGGUACAUCAGCAGCUGCACCAGAAGCUGCCGGCGUAUUCGCUUUAGCUUUGGAAGCAAACCCUGAAUUGACAUGGAGAGACAUACAACAUUUGACCGUAUUGACUUCUAAAAGAAAUUCGUUGUUUGAUGCUAAACAUCGAUUCCAGUGGACCAUGAACGGUGUGGGCUUAGAAUUCAACCAUUUGUUUGGAUUCGGAGUACUUGAUGCUGGAGGAAUGGUUUCUCUUGCCCGACAGUGGCAUACUGUACCCGCUAGAUACCACUGUCAAGGAGGAUCGCACACGAAAAUGAGAAAAUUCACAAGUAAAUCUGGUAUCAUAUUAAAAUUGAAAACUGAUGCAUGCCGUGGUACCGAUACCCAUGUCAAAUAUUUAGAACAUGUACAAGCUGUAAUUACACUCAACUCUACUCGACGUGGUGAUGUUGAACUCUACUUGACAUCUCCGAUGGGGACAAGGUCAAUGAUAUUAAGUAGGAGACCUAAUGACGACGAUAGAAGAGAUGGAUUUACAAAAUGGCCAUUUAUGACAACACACACGUGGGGUGAAUAUCCGUGGGGCGAAUGGACACUCGAGGUCAAAUUCAAUACGCCUUCGUCGAAACCAUUUUCGCAGCAAAAUACAGUUGGCAAUGGCGGCGGGGGGUCAUCUGCAAGCAAGGGAUCAACGGCUAAGGUGGGUUCCACGUUGAGUAGCGUUACAACUAUUUCGGAAGACCAGCUGGCUUCGGAUGAAAACGAUGAUGAAGAAGAAGAGGAAGAUAUCGUGCACACCGGGUUCUUGAAAGAAUGGACUUUGAUGUUACACGGUACCCGGGAACCACCGUACGGCCAACUGUCCGUCCGAGAUCCUCAUUCUAAAUUGGCAAUCGUUAAGAAGGCGCAUACUAUAACUGGACCUGACACUACCGUUUCUCCAAAGCAACAGAGCGCAUAUUAAUAUAAACAAACACCAAAUUAAAUCAUCGCGUGAAUAUCGUGAUUGUCAUUUACAAAGAUAUACUACUAUUAAUCUAUAUAACAUAACAAAUAUAUAUUUAUGAAAUCCCAACUACAA